GGGGAGCACGUGGAAGCCGUGGCCCAGCCCCACUGCCAAGAUGGUGUCUCUCACCGACUUCCAGCGGAUCGGUGUGGGACUGGUCGGCUUUGGGAUCUUCUUUGUCUUUUUUGGGAUGCUCUUGUACUUCGACUCGGUGCUCCUGGCCUUUGGGAACAUCCUCUUCCUCUCCGGCUUGGUCUUCAUCAUUGGCUUCAGGAGGACCUUCACCUUCUUCUUCCAGCGGCCAAAGCUGAAGGGCACCAGCUUCUUCCUCGGGGGGGUCAUUAUUGUCCUCAUGCGGUGGCCAAUCCUGGGCAUGCUGCUGGAGGCUUAUGGCUUCAUCACCCUCUUCAGGAGCUUCUUCCCUGUGGCUUUUGGGUUUCUUGGCUCUCUGGUGAACAUCCCGGUGUUGACCAAGCUCUUGCAGAAGUUGGGAGGCAGCAGCUCCAUAGUGUGACCUGCAAGAUGGGCCUAAUCACUGGAGAUGGGAUGGAGCGAGCCCUGGGUCCAGCUCUCCACCGUGAGCUGCCACCUCUCUCAGCCCCAGGACCCUUGGCACUGGCCGGAGCCACCCUGCGAUGGGGAUGGUGCCUCAGGAGCAGCUCCUGAGGAGGCGCCAGCACCAGACACUGUUUCAGACGGGCUCUGGGACUAUUUGUGUUAUUUUAUGCUUUUUUUGUCUUCCCCUGUUGAAAGAUUUAAUUAAAACGUGUGUCUGAGACCAAUGA